GCAGGUAGAUUUAGUUGUAUAAAAGCAACUUGCGCAAUUGCUGCCAAACAUCAGUCGUUGUUCAGCUGCUCCCGGUAGAAGUACCCCAUCGUUCCAGCAUUUCAGUUUCCAUCGCAGUACAACCGAAUCGGUGUUGGGCACUUCGCUGAAAAAAAAGCUGCGAUUUAUUGUUUCGUGUUUGUAGUUUUGGUGUAAUUGUGCCGCAUUUGUCAGGAUCAAAAUGAAAGUGUUCAUUGGUGCAUUUGUGUUGGUCGGAUGCGUGCUCGCAUACGGAUCGGCUCUCGCCACACCGGGUGCUAAGGAUUGUAGUGGAACGGACGGUGGUCUAUCUUGUCACGGUGCCAAAAUUGUGCGCAACCUCGUACGACGACUGGCACGUUCUGGGAAAGCGGACGAUGCGCUGAAACUUUUCCCGGGUGUAGAAAUUGUAGCCAAUGACAAUACAGAGGAACGUGAGCGAUCGUUGAACGAAGUGAUGGACGAUGAUCGUACCAUGUUUGGGCGCUUUGCCCGCUACCUGCAGAGCCACGAGUUGAAAAUCAAUUUCGGACAGCUGGUGCAGCGCACCGACAUCCAGGAAGCGAUCCGUACGGCAUUCGGUGCGAUGGAUCAGGAGGUGAUUGCGGACGUUGCAGAGGCCCGCAAGAAGGAUAAGGGUGGCCUGGGAGCGAUCAUGAUGAUGGGACUGAUGAUGGGCAAACUGUUGGCAGCGCUCGGAUUCGGUGGCGUUGGACUGCUUGCACUGAAGGCUCUCGGUGUUUCUAUGAUUGCACUGCUCCUGUCGGCCAUUUUAGGACUGAAGAAGCUUACCGAACACGGUGACCAUAAGGGACGGCACAACGAUGAACAUUUUGAAGUACACUCGGAGAAUCAGCACGGACACGACGGCGGUGCCCGAAAGCGCCGUUCGGUUGAGACGGAAACCAUCGCUAAUCAGAUGGCUUAUAGUGGCUGGGCACAGCUUGUUCAGUGAGCUGAACAGUGGAAG